GCCACGGCCGCGGCGAGGACGCGGACGCGGCGCCUUGGCCAAUGAUCGGCCGCCCCGCCAGUGUUGACGUGCGGGCGAGGGGCGGCGUGCACACCGUGGCUGUCCUCCCUCCCUCCCACAGGAUGCGACUAGAGGCUGUGGCGGCGGUGGUGGUGGUGGUGCUGGCGGUGAGCUGUGUGGCGGAGGAGGAGAAGAAGAAGGAGAAGGUGAAGAAGCUGCAGAUCGGCGUCAAGAAGAGGGUUGACAACUGCACCCUGAAGAGCCGACGGGGUGACCUUCUGCACAUGCACUAUGCUGGCAAGCUGGAGGACGGGACGGAGUUUGACAGCAGUUACCCGCGAGGACAGCCGCUGACCUUCACGCUGGGGUCUGGUCAGGUCAUCCGUGGCUGGGACCAGGGACUUAUAGGGAUGUGUGAGGGAGAAAAGAGGAAGUUAGUCAUCCCAUCAGACCUGGGCUACGGAGCAUCAGGCGCCCCACCAAAGAUACCCCCCCAUGCCACCCUGGUCUUUGAGGUGGAGCUGCUCAAGAUCGAACGCAAGGAGGAGCUCUGAUCAGGACCGGGGAGGCUAGGGGUUAGGGGCUAGGUACUACCACUAUUACUUCUACUAUUACUACAGUGUGAGGGUUGUACAAUGGUUUUACUAAUUAAGAGCUGGGCACCAUCAACGCAAACCACGGCAUCAGUUUAGGUUAAUUCUGGGUCCUUUAGAGGAUUUUACAAGGUCUAGAACACUUUUGGUAAUCAAGGGUUAAAAAAUCACCUUUAGUUACCGAACUCGCUGCAUUCGUAUCUUAAUCUACUCUUUUUUCUGACCAACUUCAUACUCACAAAUUGAUGUUAGCCAGAAUGGAGUAAAGAUGUGACUGUAGGGGAUGAGUGUCUGGAGGUGAUUUUUAACUCCUCGAUUACGAAAAAGAACUUCAUAUAACCUCGAUUACGAAAAAGAACUUCAUAUAACCUCGAUUACGAAAAAGAACUUCAUAUAACCUCGAUUACGAAAAAGAACUUCAUAUAACCUCGAUUACGAAAAAGAACUUCAUAUAACCUCGAUUACGAAAAAG